UUAGGCAUGCUUUUCUGGCCACAUGCAGUUGCAAUGGCUCAUUAUUUGAGAGUGUGUUUUUCUAUUUUCUUCACAACAGUGACUGGAGCUGCUUUGGAGAAGUGUCCUACGUCCUGUCAGUGUGACUGGGAUACUCACAGCAUGACAUGUUCUGGAUCUAACAUGAUGCCAAGAUUCCCCCUCAGCACACAGGAGGUGUGGCUUCUGGAGACAAAACUCUUAUUUGUACCCCAAGAUGCUUUUGCUUACCUGCUCAACAUCUCUCACAUAUACAUCUCCAAUGACAACACUUUAGGGUAUCUGGAGAAGCAUUCUUUCUACAAUUUGCCCAGAGUCAGGCACAUACAACUCACCAGCAUAAAAACGUUAGCCUUUAUUGACUGUGAAGCAUUCAAGAAUCUGCCAAAUUUGAAGUACCUGGGGAUCAUCAACACCGGUAUCAGAACAUUUCCUGAGUUGCAACAUAUCCAUUCAUUUCAAGACGAUUUCGUUUUGGAGAUUGUUGAGAAUGCUCUAGUUAAAGUUAUGCCUGCUAAUGCUCUGAGUGGAAUCUCAGAGAGUCUUAUUGUAAUGCUCCAUAGUAAUGGCUUAAGAGAGAUCCAGCGCUUUGCAUUUAAUGGGAGUUGUCUUGAAGAAGUGUAUCUCCAAAGGAAUAUGUAUAUGGACCAAAUAGACAAGUUUGCUUUUCAUGGAGUGAAUUGUGGCCCAACUCAUAUAGACAUUUCAGAAACUAAAGUGCAGUCCCUGCCUUCAAUAGGUAUGGAAGCCAUUGAAAAGCUUCAGGCUAAAAACACUUGGACUCUCAAAGUGCUUCCUCCACUUAGGACCUUCAUCCAUUUACAACAUGCUGAAUUGACCUACCCAAGUCAUUGUUGUGGUUUAAAAAUGUUGAGGAGAUGGAAGGGACCCUCAGAGAUGGCCAUUUGCAACCUUUCAAAGAGCACACUGACAAGGCCUCGAGACUCCUCCUCCUCUCAGUUAGAAAGCUAUGACUCCGAUGACCUACAAUCAGCACGCAUGUCCAAUGUUCCUGUUUGUUCAGAUGUGGACUGUGAAAACAAGGCUCUUUUUCAUGUGGAAUUCCCGACAGAAAACCCUUCUGAGGGUUUUAACUUUGCCCUCUGUAAUAGUGUUGGUGCUGACACUGAGCUUGUGUGCUACCCUGUGCCUGAUCCAUUCAAUCCCUGUGAAGAUGUAAUCAGCCAAAAUUUCCUCCGACCACUGCUCUGGGUGGUCAGUCUUUUGGCCCUCUCUGCCAACCUACUGGUGAUGUUGACUCUUUUGACCAGUCAGCAGAAGUUAACUGUUACUCGAUUUUUAAUGGGCCAACUGGCUUUUGCAGACUUCUGCAUGGGAGCAUACCUACUCCUUAUUGCAUCUGUGGACAUCUACACACAGUCUCAUUAUUACCACUAUGCUAUGGUUUGGCAAAAUGGAGCUGGCUGUAGUCUUGCAGGAACACUAUCAGUAUUUGCCUGUGAGCUUUCUGUCUAUACUUUAACUUUAAUCAGUAUUCAGAGGUGGUAUGCCAUUUUCAAUGCUAUGAGGCUGGACAACAAAAUGCGCCUACGCCAUGCAGUAGUAUUGAUGAUCAUAGGCUGGGCACUCUGUGGGACUGUGGCCCUGCUGCCCGUGGUUGGGGUGAGCAGUUACCAAAAGCCCUGCAUCAGCCACUCAUCACUGUCACUGACUCCAAGGUGCUACUUGUGCUUUUCUAUCCUCUAAACUCAUGCAGCCAUCCGUUUUUCUAUGCCAUUCUCACCAAAGACUUUCAUCAAGAC